AUGGUGGAUGCAGCGUCAGCGCUGCGGAUUUCCACGCACUAUUAUAAGAUUGCUCAUUUGCUGCUGGUCACCUUUGCCAUAUACACUGCCAAAGAGCCCACGGUGGACCAGUAUCUUCUAGAGCUUGAGCUCCAAAUCCGAAAUCAGCAUCCUAAAAUUUUGCUUACCUAUUACAAUAAGUCGUUAUAUCACUUUCGGUUCGAUCAUCUCAAAGAAGAAAGAGACUUUGUCAAUAAUGAGCAACACCAAAAAGAUGAUACAUCCAACUUGCAGUUGCACAUACUAUAUCCACAAUUGUCUCUCAAACAUGAAUACACAGUGGGUGCUGAUCAACUUGCUAAUCCUUCUCGAGUAAUGAAAGGUGUCAAGAAGGAUUCAUACUCGAAAAUUGAUCUACCUGAAGGGCAACUUGCGUUUGCUAGUCUUUCCUUUCUUAAGGCAGUCAAGAAGACCCUUGUAUAUAACUUGUCAGCUUCUGGAAACAUGCUUCUUUUUGGUAAUUACGUCGUUGCUCGGGUGGCAGAAACGUCCGCCCAAUAUUCUGUUGUGCAAGUCGACCCAGUACUACUUGCGAACGGGGAUAUCGUUGUUUCGCUUUCUCAACGUAACAAAUUGGCUCUUUUUGACUCGGCAAUAUUGAAUUUGGACCAUGUGUUUCAAGAAAUGGCUUCUUGUUUUGUCAUCUAUGUGGUGCCUUCAGGUCUCCGCUGUCACCUUUACGACACAUCGAGCAUGCAACACAGCUUCACAUACACCCCACCCAAAUCGAGUGUAAAUCUUUUACGACUCUUAAAGCUCAGUACUGGUGUCGAAUUGAAACAGAAGCAACAAAUUUUGUGGGUUAAGUUGGUCCCCAACUUGCAGCAUCUUAACAAUCAGACUUCUAAAAUUUCUCACUUCGUUCAUGAAGUGGAUAAUAAGAAAUACAUCUUGUGGCCGUGGGAGCUUUGUCUCUUGCAAUUUGGAAGUGUGGAGAAAAAUCCAAUUCAUGAUAAUUCGCCUCUGAAUGUGGACCCGUUGUCGUUGAUCUCUGAUUUCAUCCAAUUCUCAAUUCUGCGCCACGAAAAUGAUAACGUCGAGAGGCAUAUGGAAACGCUGACAGGACCUGGAUCAGCUACUAACCACAUCACGACUCACCCACCAUUUAGUGUUCCGAGUGCAUUCUCGAUUGGCAUGAGUACGGAGGGUAAUGAUAAACACGAAGACACACACAUGAGCAUUCUGGAAACAAACCCCGAAGUUCUGGGUCUUUUUGAGAUAGACCACAACGAAGAUUUGUUUGGGAGCGAGAAUGUACUAGAUGUUCCUUUACUGGGUAGUCAAGAUACAAAAACUAAAGAAAAGGGGAGUGAGCUAGAGAUGAAAGAGGAUGGCGUCGAAGACGACAGUGAUCUUUUUGGUAGCAGCCCGGAACUGGAUUCCAAACAGGCUGGAGAAGCACUAAUGGAAGAUUUUGAUCCUCGGAAAAGCGAAAUUCACAACAUGGAAGUGGACUCCCAAGAAGCAUUAAGCAACUCGGAGAAGAUUUUUGAGGACCCACAAGGUUCCGAGAACGAAGCACUCGAUAUCAAAAGUGAAAUACAGCCUCCAAGUGCUUUCCCAGGAUUUAUAAAUAUUCCAAGAGACCAGAUGAUAUCAGGUCCUGCCAACAUGACUCCCAUGUCUUACGAUGAUCCAGGUGCACCUCCAGCGAUUAUGCCUACACCAAUGAUCCCAACUCCAGUAAUUCCUCAAAACGUUUCCGAUGUUCAAGGCGGUUUUGGAAUGCAAGCAAUUCCUCAUCCUCACACCACCCCGAAAGUUCCACUGCACCUGUUUCCUCAACCAGGGAAACCAUUGAAUCCAUUUGCUAGUAGAGAUUCUAAAGAAGCAAUACAAGGAGAAGACAACUUAGCUUAUGUUUUCUCCCCAAUUUUGUUCAACCCGAUGAUCAAAAGCAAUAUUGAUACAAAAUAUGGAAAGGGUGGAAAAUUCUAUGUUGCCCGUGAGAGUUCCACUGGCCCAGAAGAAUUCAAGUUCAGGUUACGAGAGACAAGUGUUUCUGGAUUCGAUUCGAAAAAAGAACUUUCUGAAGGCAAAUUUUUACCUGAAUUGCUCGAUUCAGUCAGCUCUUCGAAGGAUUCCAAGAUUGAUAAUACUUUCUUCCCAGAUGGAACGUUGAUUCAAAAAGAAGAUAUACACGAAGAAGUAGUGGACGACGAUGUAAAUGAGGAAGAUGAAGAGGAAGAUGAAGAAGAUGAAGAGGAAGAUGAAGAAAGUGAUGUGGAUGAGGAAGAUGUGAUUGCUUUGAAAACAUCCCCCCCUUUGAAAUUAAAUACCCAUGACAUAUUUCAAAUGCUGAAUGCAGCAGAAAUACUGAAGGGACUCAAUGUGACUUCUUCUUUGCAAAGUAACCAAUCAAACAAUUUCUUGUCCCCCGGUUCGAGCAUUAUUAAAGUCCAACCAUCAAACAAAGUCGAUUCUCCGUUUGGAUUCAGCAUGGGCACUUUGGAUGUACCGACUUCAUCCCUUUCUCCACCAAUAUUGAACGAUCUUAAGCAGGAUAGUCUGCUGGGAGUCAUUAACAGAAGUGAUGAUUUGAACCAGCAAACUGACAACGGUGGGAACAAGGAGCCUGGCACUGCCGAAAGUGCCAACACUCCUUUAUCUAAUUCAAGUUCUGGUAAUGGUAUUUCGGAAUCAUCCAACUGUCUUCCUUUGAUUCUUCGAAAUAUUAACGUUGUGAGUAUCCCUAAUUGCUUUAUUGUGAAGAAAGCUCCUGGCGUGUGGGGAAAUGUACCAAUUUCUACCGGGUUCAAUAUGGAUGUGGAUGAAGAAGAAGACGAAUUUGAUGUCACAGACGGUACACUCUCUGUGAGAUUAAUGGACCUUGAUGAGUGUUUGAAGUGGCUCAUGCCGAAUCUUGUCUUUGAUUUAGGCUUGAUCAAUUUCGAGAAACGGCUUCAAAUCAAAUUUCCGGAGUUCUUUUCUGAAGAGCUAGCCGACAACAUCACUGAUGGUGAAGUGAGCUCUGAAGUUAAGGAUUGUUUUCUUGCAACCUUCCCUCUCAGUUACAGAGUGAAACUCAGCGAGUUCGUAAAUGAAAACGAAGACUUGGCAAAGGAUGUCUCAGAGCCACAGAGAGAAAUUGAUAAUCGAUUGAGUUUCCUUGACGAUAUCACAAAUAAUGAUAUUCUAGACGAGGAAACCUCUUCGAAGAAAAUGAUGAAACUUCAUUGGGAUUCUAUUCAUCCUGAAUUGAAAGUGAAUCAACAAAAGUUCAAAAACUACUGCGAAUUAGUGACUUCUUCUCAGACAAACUCCGAUAAAAAGAACGAUGAUGGGUCUGUAUUUUCUCUCAACGAAGUGAAAACCAAAGUUUUCAAGAACGGGGACAAUAUUAUCAACUUAAACGUCACUGGCAUCAAAUUUUGGAACUACUUUAAUUUCAGUCCUUUGAACGGACCCAAACGGUUUCAGGUUCUCGUGAUUUCUGAAAAUGACGCUAGAAAUCAAGAUGGAAAUCUUUUUGAUUCUAGUAAUUUGGAUUUCCUAGAGUUGCUUAGAAGCAACUAUAAGGAGGGCCAUUUCGGAACGAUUAAGAAAUUGAACUUGCAAACUUCCGAUACUAGACCUGACUUGGAUGGUAUCAGUAAUGGGCUUAUGCUCGUUGACAAAGGUAUUGGUGAAGGUGCUUACAGAGAGUUUUACAAGAAGAUCAACAAGAAACUCAAAUCUUUGGCGGAACUAAUCAAACUUGAUAUUAUCAACAAAACGAACAGAUUUGAGUUUGACCGACCACUUCUUUUGCUCUUCGUCAACUUUGAUUCCUCAAUCAAUUCAGUGUUACAAAUCUCGAAGAUAUGUCGAAACUUCAAGUUAUUCUUGAAUGACCACCAAUUAUCAUUGGUGAAUACCUUCACACAAAUCAUACCGUGGAAUUACAUUAUUACCCAAUCAGACAUGCGCCGCCGACUUCGGUAUUUAUCAAACUCAAAAUUAUCGAAAAUCUCUAUGAGUCUAUACAACAAGUGUCCUAAUGUCGACAACCAUGAUUCAAGAUUCAACAGAGACAAUACGAGGAAAUUAUACACAAAUUUGGUGAAGGAACCACCUUCGACUUUGCACUUCAAGUUCAUGAAUAAGGUCAACAAGGAAGGUUACACUUCUUCAUUCCAUGAUGAUAUAUUCCUCCAUGUUGCGUAUGAAAGAUCAGUGGACAAGAGCUGGGUUUCAGCAGCAUGGUCAGAUCCAUUGGGAAUAGUUACCCAUACGAAGUCUUGGUACUGUCUGUCUAAAGCCAGGACAAAUGGUGCCGAUGCACAUGAAUUGGGUUCGAUUAUCAAUGACAUAUGGGAUAUCUCCAACAAUUUCUUCAAAACUUUGAAUGAUGAUGCUGUACAAAGAACUUGCGGGUCUGGAGCAAAAAACUUCUUGGUACUCACAAGAAUUAGUAGCAUUAUCCCCGACGAUGAAUUGGUGUUUUGGAAAAAGCUUACGACAAAACACAAAGAUAUUUCACUCCUUGUGCUUUCCGCGAACCGUUUACCCAAGUACAUUUUCAGUUCAGAGCCCAGAAAUGUUCCAUCUGGGACAUCGGAGUCCACCACAGGUGUGAAGAACAACUUCGACGAGACAACGCCUAAUUUCAUGCAAAACCUUGGGCAAAACCGCAAUUCUAUUUCAUCGAGCAUGUCUGGUCCAGACUUUUUCAAGUCUAUUAAUGGAAUGGGUAAUGUCAUGAGUCCAUCGUCAUCAGGUGCUGGUUUUACUCUUACAUCGCCAAUGAACUCUAGUGCUCUCAGUUUUCAUUCUCCGCAACAGUUCUUGAAUGCGCCCUCCAAUUUUCUAUCACCACUGGAUGCCGCCGGUACCGCAGGUACUGGACUCGGACUUAACAGUAUCAGCAUCAAUGAGGCCGAUUACAUCAUUAAGGACCCUUGCUUAGAGAUUUUGGGAGUUAUACCCAAGAUCCCACUUCCCUCAUUUAAUUCGCCUACCAGGUUGGGUAUGCGGAUUGGCUACUUGAUCAGAGAAUCGAAGACUGAAAACGCAAACUCAGAAGUAAAGGAUCUUGUUUUCGAGGUAACCCUUCUCAGCUGCUCCUCUUACUGGAACUUGGAUGCAAUCAUGAAGAUUUUGCUUAAUCAGUACAAGAAAUUGAUUGUGCUCAAUGAUGUGAUGGGUACGUGCGACCGCGAACCUAAGAAAACCACAAAUACCACUGAAAUCAGAAGCUUGGUUCCGUGGCAUAUUAAUGCGGUUGUGAAAACGAUCGACUACUUAGUUCACGUGAAUGUGGACGAGCCGACCUAA